CGACCACCAUGGCUCUCUGCACGAGUGGCCUGCAAGACGAAUCCCGGGCGGUGCGGAACUGCCGUGCGCCCGAUAACGGCCACACAGUAGCCAACUCGGAACCGGAGAUCGACACGCCUCCAAGUCUCGCUCUGCUCUGGGACGAGUCAACUCCGCCACGCGUCCUUCCUCCCACAUGCCCGUCUGUUCAGUAUGCUCGCGGGGGCAGGAGUCUUCGUUCGACGCGUCUGCGGCACCACUACACACUCCCGAGUCCAAGCUGUCACGCCUCUUCGCGCCCGACGAGCGCGGGAUGGAAGGGACAGCAAAACGAAGGAUGAGGGGUGGCAAUCGAAUGAUGACGACGAGGAGAGAGAAGACCGUGGCAAGGGUGAGCACAACAGCUCAUCACUGCCCGUGCGACAGGUUAUGUUGAUGAACAAGUCACUCUAUCGCCCCCGCUUGUCUGGUCAUACGCGGCCAAUUGACUGUCUGCUCACUCACCGGGCGUCUGCUCGCCCACUCGCUCGCUCUGCCCAUCUACCUACUCGUCUGCCCCUUCCCUCACUCGUCUGGACGCCCGCCGGCUUGCCGCAUCGUUUGCCUGCCCGUCCGCCUCUUCGUUCUCCCACCUGGCACUUAUUCGACUUCCUCUCGCAGUUCUACUUACUCGCUUGCCUCUUCAAUCUAUCAGUCCACUUACUCACUGGCUUGCCCGUCCAUUCGCAAGCCUGCUCACGCAUUCACCCAUCCGCCCGCCCACAUAUUCGCCCGCCCGCCUGCAUACUUUCCUACCCUACCCGGCCGUGUAUUGCCCUGACCACGCACGCGAAUAUCCGCUCAACCGCGCGCGCGCCUGCAUACUCAUCUGUGUGUCCCCUCUGUGUACUAACUUGGUGCCCAUUAAUCCCACUCGUGGUUUGCAUGACCCGCGCUGUUGCAUAAUCUGUACGGUUGCAGUCGCGAGCAAUGGCUUGGGUGUGAGAUGAGAUGGGGAUAAUCAGUCGUAGAAUAGCUAACACGUAGGAGUUGUCGUCAUGAUAUUGAAGAUGGCCUUGUUGACCAUUGGCUGUUGCGUUGCUUAGUGUAGCAUACAGCAUUUGUAUUCAGUCAUACCACACAGCAAUAGAAUCAUUGUUGAACUAAUUGUAACAAGCAUUGUGUGUGUUGUAUGAUGCACCACUUUAGCAACAAUUAGGGAACAACCUGGUCGCUGCAUCUAAUAGGAUCAUAAAUGCACUAAUACUGUAUCCAGUAGAUGUUAUUAUCACAGAAUUAGCUUGCAGAGUUUGGUGAGUACUCAUGAGACAUG